AUGAUACAUUUGAGGAAGUUGUUUGGAAAAUUAAGAGAAGUGAAGUUGUAUGGGAAGCUUGAGAAAUGUGUAUUCCUGAAUCCUAGUGUGGUGGCUUUAGUAUACAUUGUGACUGGAAAAGGAGUACAAGUUGAUCCAGAAAAGAUAGAGGCAGAGAAGUCUUGGUUGGCUCCGACCAAUGUGCAUGAGGUUAGGAGUUUUGAUGGGCUUGCUUCAUUCUAUAGGCGGUUAAUUAAAAACUUCUCGACUAUUAUGGCUCCCAUCACUGAGUUAACUAAAAAAGGAGAGUUUGAGUGGGGAGAAAGUGCUCAAAAUGCUUUUGAAAAGAUGAAAAACAUGUUUUGUACUACUCCAAUACUUGUGCUUCCAGAUUUUAACAAGGUGUUUGAGGUGGAGUGUGAUGCAAGUGGGGUUGGAAUAGGGGCUGUCCUUAUUCAAGACAAAAAACCUAUCAUGAGGCUUUAA